AUGAUCCCUUUGGGGCCUUCUUGGCUGGGCCUGCUCACCAAAGUAGAAGGCAGCGAAUAUGACGGGAAGUUGGUGACAGUGGUUCCAAAGGCCGUUGCGACGGGAGUGGAUGUCAUCGACAGGACGUCAGCAGCUGCCCUCACUGACGAGCAGAUUCUGGACUCGACCCCUGGUCUUGGAGCGAUUCUCGAUGCCGAGGGCGGCUGCGUGUUCCGUGUUUGGGCCCCUGAGGCGCAGUACGCAGAGCUCGUUGUGCUUGGUCCAAACACUCCUGACGACGACAACGUUCUCGGGAUGCGAUGGGAGGGGGGCAAUUUCGCUGUGAGAGCGCCCGGAGUUCGCGCGGGCGCCAAGUACUACUUUAUCUUCCACCACAACGGCGAGAAGUUCUACCGUCGCGACGCACGCGCUCGGUAUACCGACUUCGACGGGUGCGCGUGUUACGUCGUCGAUCCGUCGUACGACUGGGCGCCCUUUGAGGCCCCCACGUGGGACAAGCUCAUUCUCUAUCAGGUCCAUGUUGGCGCGUUUACCGGGCGGGAGGAAGGAGGGGGCACGUUUAAUGCUUUGGCUGCCAAGGUGGACUACAUUAAGAGCCUUGGGUUCAAUGCCAUACAGUUGAUGCCCGUAACCGAGUUCGGCGGUCUCUGGGGCUACAACCCGCGCCUCCUCACCUCCACGCAUCAAGCCUUCGGCACGCCGGCCGAGCUCCAGUCCCUGGUCGACACGUGUCACAAGGCGGGCAUUGCGGUCAUCUUCGACGUCGUGUUGAACCACGGGGCCGCCCGGUUGAAUAGCUUAUGGGCCUACGACGGGUGGAACCCAAAUAACGGCGGGGGAAUAUACCAUCACGGGGCGGGGAAGACACCCUGGGGGAAGAAGUUUGCGUUUGGACGGUGGGAGGUGGACGACUAUAUUCUUGAGGGGGCCGAGAUCUUCCUGCGGGACUUCAACGGUGACGGGCUCCGCUUCGAUUCCGUCCACAACAUGCCUUGGCAGCUUCUGCAGCGGAUGACGUGGACUCUGCACGAUAAGUACCCGGGCAAAAUACUCAUUAGCGAGAUCACGCCCGAGGACUCUGCUGCCGUCAGCAGCGCCGGGUUCGACGCCACGUGGAUCCACAGCACUUUCUUCGAGACCCGCAAGUACAUGGAGGGGGAUCGCGCCCUGGGCAAAGUGCAGCACGUCUUGGGGCUCGGCAGUGGCUUCUCCAAACCGACCCAGAUGCUGAAAUACGUCAUGGGCUGUCACGAUCAGAUCGGGUGCCGCAACAACGGGGCGUUCUGCCACGACAUCGGCGGGCUCCACAGGUACCCCGUCGACCAUUACGGCGGGCGCAACAAGUGGGGCGCGCGCGCGAUCGCGCGCAUGUGGUACGCCGCCAUGAUUGCCGCCUCGGGGAUCCCCAUGGCCUUCAUGGGCACGGAGUGUCAUCAUGACGGCUGGUGGCACGUGGAGCAGAACCGGUGCUUCAACUGGUGGUUCGCAGGGGAUCCCUUGGGACAGGAGAUGAUGCGGCUGGUGACGUCAGCCAACACCCUGCGGACGCAGUCGCACGCGCUCGGCGCAGGGGGCUUCGACACGGUCCACUUCGACGACCAUCACAAAGUGCUGGGCUUCAGGCGGGAGUCUAACGAUCAAACACUGCUGGUUAUCGUAAACGCGGGCGGUAACCAGUGGGAAAACAGUGAUUACGGGGUCGGGGUUGGAGACCGGGGCAUCGGGCGGCGCUACGUGGAGCGGUUCAACAGCCAAGACGCCAGCUUUGGCGGCUGGGAGGGGUCCGGAAACGCGGGCAGAGAUUUGCACGAGCACGGGGGGCGUAUUUACAUCAACGUACCCAAGUGGAGCACGCUCAUUUUCGAGGUUUUGUAAAUACCUCCAACAGCUGGGACGUUUUGUGGCUUGACUGAAAUUCAAAGGCUUUUGCCGCGCGGAGAGCUCAUUGCUUUAGGAACACGAAGCUGUAUUUACUUAUUUAUUAGGUACGCCUGCGAGCUGAAAUGAGGCAUAUGUAAAUAAACAUUGUAAAGCCGCUUGAAGUUACCG